CGCCGGCCGGACUCGGGAGCUAGUGGAGUAUUGCAAAAAAUAGUGUUCUCUCCAAAAUAGUGCGAAAGCUUGGCUUCAUAUUUGCAUGAAAUUUUCGAAUUCUGAACAGAGGAAGAGAUGGGUAGAAAAGAAGUGGUGGCGAUUGUGGGCAUCUGGGUAAUUCCCAUUUCCUUAUUGGUGAAUCGCAUUGUCCCUGAUCCUUACAUGGAUGAGAUAUUCCACAUACCUCAGGCUCAGCAGUACUGCAACGGGAAUUUUAGGAGCUGGGAUCCCAUGAUCACCACCCCACCAGGCUUGUACUAUCUUUCACUUGCCUAUAUUGCUGCUUUAUUUCCAGGCAUGUUUUUUGUGCAAGCAGUGCCAUCAUUUGCUGCAGUUUGUUCAACUGCAGCUCUUCGCUCUUCAAAUUGUAUUUUGGCAGUGUUGUGCAGCAUUCUAGCCUAUGAGAUAAUAAUUCACUUGAGGCCAGCUCUUGAUGAUAGAAAAGCUACCCUUUAUGCAGUUGUCCUAGCCCUUUACCCUCUCCACUGGUUCUUCUCUUUUCUUUACUAUACUGACGUUGCAUCACUCACUGCAGUGCUUGCCAUGUAUCUUGCAUGUCUCAACAAGAAAUACACGUUUAGUGCAUUGCUUGGGGCCUCAGCAGUUGUUAUUCGACAAACAAACAUUGUAUGGGUUCUAUUUGUUGCAUGCUCUGGUAUCAUUGAGGUUACCCUGCCCCAUCAAACUGACAGUGUAAAAGCAGAUGAUUUAAAUGCAUCAGUCAAGAGCACUGAUCAGAUAUCCCACAGCAGUAGUGUAAAACAGCGUUUAACCUUGAGGAAAAGAAAGUCCAGUGGUAAUGUGGAUGCUGAUAAAUAUGUGAUUUCCAGGACAAGUGCCUCAGUGAUAACCCCAAUGUCAGGUCUGCUUCCUGAGAUCCAGGCUAUUAUUUUAACUUCAUGGCACAAAAAGUGGGAGCUUUUGGUCUCCUUUAGCCCAUUCCUUUUUGUAUUUCUCACCUUUGUUGGCUUCAUUCUUUGGAAUGGGAGUAUAGUUCUGGGUGCAAAAGAAGCUCAUACAGUUUCUCCACAUUUUGCUCAAGUAAUGUAUUUCAGUUUAGUUUCUGCUCUUUUUAUGCUUCCCCUGCUCUUCACAACAAGCCAACCCAUGGAUCUGCUUCGGUCGUUCUGGAAGAAGAAGCUUUUCAGUUUUUUCCUGGGGUUCCUCGCUUUUACUGCUGCCUUCAUCUCUGUGCAUUUUUUCAGCAUUGCUCAUCCAUACCUUCUAGCUGACAAUCGACAUUAUACCUUCUAUCUCUGGAGGAAGAUCAUUAAAGCUCAUUGGUCAAUGAAGUACCUUUUAGUGCCACUUUAUGUUUAUUCAUGGUUCUCAAUCAUCCACAGAUUGGGGAAAUAUCAAAGGAAGAUCUGGAUAUUGAUCUAUAUCCUGGCUACUGCCGCUGUUCUUGUUCCUGCUCCCCUCAUUGAGUUCAGAUACUACACCAUACCUUUCUUUUUCUUGAUGCUGCACUCCCAUGUUGAUAGCUAUCUAAGUUUACUCCUCUUAGGGAUUCUAUACACAGUCCUUAAUGUCUUCACAAUGUGCAUGUUCUUGUACCGGCCAUUUCAUUGGGACCAUGAGCCUGGGGUCCAGAGAUUUAUAUGGUAGAUGGUUAAGCUGUAACUUUCAUGUUAACUCACAGUUUUGCUGAUGUUAUUUUCCGAUUUAGGAUACUGAGAGCCUGAAACAGAAACUCCAAUGUAUAAAUGCUCAAUUCUUCACUGGAUCAUCUCAAACUAACUUGUGUUUUAGUUUUGAUUUGUAUUAUAACUUAGACAUUGUAAAGUCAUUCACCUUCGGUUCAAAUCUAAUAUAUUAGGAGAAAUAAU